AAUCCAAAAAUAAAAAAAGCUGUCGUUUACUCACCCUCAUGUUGUUCCAAACCUGUAUAACCUGUAUUUUUCUGUGGAAUAUAAAAGAUAUUUUAAGAAACAUUUCAGUGUUUUUUGUCCAUGCAAUGCAAGUCAAUGCUACCAAACAAAUGUUUAUCAGCAUUCUUUAAAAUAUCCCCUUUUGUUUUACUGAAAUAAUCAAGUCAUACAGGUUUGGUACAACAUAGCUAAUUAUCUUUGAUUUUUGGGUGAACUGUCCCGUUAAGUGAGGUUAUAUUUUCUAGAAAAGAUAGGUUAUGGUCCUGCAGCCACAGGGUUUUAUGUUUAUAGCUGUAAAGUCCAGGAUUUUAACAUAAGACACCCAAUACUUAAUGUGUUAAUUAAACUUAAUUGUGAUAUUGAUAUGCACCUGUGAUUUUUAAUUGAUAAUUUGUGUUUUAUUGCGUUCUUGCCACAUAAUCAAGCACUGUCUAUAAGUUUGACAUUUGCUGUGCCUCGUGUUUGGUUGCAUGAGCUUUUCAGCCUGCAGCCUUGGAGCUAGAGGCACUUGGACUCAAAUCUGACUCGGAAAUCUUAUAUUUUGCACUUAAUGUGAAUUAAAAUUAAUAAUAAGUGCAAACAGCAUAUAAUUAAAGUAAGACAUCAUUUGGUUAAGGGUCUAGGCUCGACAAGGUGGACUUGGACCCAACAGUAGCCUACUGGCUGUGUUCCAAUCUUAUACCCUAGUACUCAAUAUUUCCAUUAUGUGGGUCAUUUUUACCAUAUAAACAUACAGCACAAAACAAUGUUAUCAAUAUGUCAUGGGGCUCAUAUUUAUGAUAUUUAUCUCAUAAAGAUAUCAUCUAGAAAAAUAUAUUUUACAUUUUAGCCUACACUGUAAAUUAUGUAGCUUACAUAUUACAACAAUACUAUAAUUAUUUUACAUAAUUGACUAAAAAGAUUUUGCACGAUUUAAUAAAAUGUUAAAAAAAAAUGUUAGUUUCAUAUGUUUUGAAUGUGAAUGUUUUGAAUAAGUCGCUCCGCUCUUGCCAUUUUACAGUCACAUCCUUUGAUCACUCCGUUCUCGGCUCAUUGGGAAUCAAAUCAAGUGUGCUCGAAUGAGUCGACUCGUGAUUCAGUUUAGCCAGUGAACGAGAGCAGCAGCUCAGAGUCAGACCAGGGGGGUGCGUUUCCCAAAAGCAUCCAUCGUUAGCUAACUAUGGUCGCAAGUUCUGUUGACCUCUAUUCGUAACGACGGAACUUUCGAACACAGUAGCUUUUGGUGAACGACUCUUUUAAAGACUAGUUUUGUGAACCGAUUAAUCAAAAAGAUCCGAUUCUGAAGCAUGAUUCGAUGCCGAAUCGCACGUCACUACUAGGUAGGCUGCUCGCUGUGUUUUGAAACGCAGCCGGUGUCUGAGCAUGUGCUGUUACUGCUGCAGUGGAGUAAAAUAUGUCAGUUAUCACCGGACAGCGGCGAGAGGACAGAGAGAGCCGGCUACAAAUGUGCUCUGAGGGGCAACCGGUGCAACGGUUUUCUGUUUAAUUCUUCUGUUUAACACCAAAAUGAGGCCCGGCUCCUUUACAUCUACAGCAGCGGAGGAAUAAUAAGUACAUGAGUACCACAUUAGCACUGACAUCAGCAGCAAAGCUCAGAAGUACCGCUCUCUUAGGACCCUGACAGACGGUGUGGAGUGUGGACAGUGAGACUGCCAGACAGCAGGUUGGCCUAUUAACUCCACACGUCAAAAACAAAGGAAGAUGGUCAACAUGGCAAACACAAUGACCCCUGAGCCCCUUACAGCCCUCUCUCGAUGGUACUUGUAUGCCAUCCACGGUUACUUCUGUGAAGUCAUGUUCACAGCCGCCUGGGAGUUUGUGGUAAACUGCAACUGGAAGUUUCCCGGCGUGACGAGCGUGUGGGCGCUCUUCAUCUACGGAACCUGCAUCCUGAUCGUAGAGCGCAUGUACCUUUGUCUACGGGACAGCUGCAAUGUGCUGCUCCGCUGCAUCAUUUACACACUGUGGACAUACCUGUGGGAGUUCGGCACGGGUUUGCUGCUACGACAGUUCAACGCUUGUCCAUGGGACUACUCAGAGUUUAAAUAUAACUUCAUGGGCCUGAUCACGGCAGAGUACGCUGUGCCUUGGUUCUGCGCCUCCUUUAUUGUAGAACGCCUAGUGAUCCGCAACACGCUCCGGUUGCGCUUCGACGAGGUCACCGAUCCUUGCCAGGCUGAAGAACGUUUGGACAGAGGCGGCGGAGGACGAGGAGAAGGAGGGCGAAGAGCACGAGGGGCCACCAGCGCAAACGGCUACGUGAAGGUGGAUUGAGGAUGUUGUCAACACCUAUCCCCAUCUCAAAGCUCCCGUCACCCAUGACUCUCUCCACACAUCUCUCAAUCUCUCUCCCAUCUGCUUCCAGGGUAAGAGUCGCUUGGACACAGCUGGUGCAGCUCGAACAGAGACAGUUGCACAACUGUGAAGAACUUUCUUAUUUAUUGUUCAGCUGGCGUUCUUCGCUUUUAUAGAGGGACGUUCAUUUGCCACUUCAGUGCUCUACUUUACUGCCUUACUUUGGGCGAGUAGCCGUUAAGUUAAAGGUUUAUCUGUAGGAGUGGUGGCUGAUGGCAAAAUGAGAAUUAACCCUCCACUUGUACCUCCAUACUGUACCUCCCAAACCAGUCCAUCCACUCCGACACUCUGGGAGGGGACAAACUAAAUGACUCGUAUUCCCUCGUCCAAAAAAAACAAAAACAAACAAAAAAAAAAACAGGAACGCAAACACAUCACUUGUAGAGAGUCGAAAAGAUAUAUCGAGGUGUUUUUUUUAUUUUUUUUUUUAAAGCAAGUCCUUUUAGAUUAUAAACAGUGUGUAUGAUGUAUAUGUAGUAGCAAAAGCAAAUAACUGUUAGGAUAGCUUACCUUUUGAAUGUUAGUUUGUGUUAUUUAUUAAUAUCUAAAAUGUAGUUAAGAAAUGUCAUGAUAAUAUAUUAAAAAUGUAUUGUGUAUAUAUACUGUAUAACCUAAAGCAAUGCCUUGUACUUGAAUUUGGUGUUUUUUUACGUUCUUCAAAAACUCCAGUGCUUGAACAUGCAUGAAAGUUGUCUUCCAGGAGAUGUUUUCAUAUUCAGACUGAUCUUAGAUGUUGUGUACAGUUUAUUUCCUCCUUUUGUUUUCUGUGUUUAUUUUUCUCAUUGAGAUGAAGACCCAGCGGAAUACUGUAUUGUUUUUACAUAUAUAGAGGUCUGGUGCUCAGUACCGAAACCAUAAAAUCAUCACAGUUUCCUGGGUUUUCAUGGGAGAGAAUGAGUUGUAAAUGUGUUGAUGAACUGGUGCUAGAUUCUCAUCGAGUCUUUUAAGGGAUCUGAUGAUAGUCACAAUAAAGGCAUCUAGUAUAGGUUCACUGACCUCAGGUACAUCAAUGUUAAUUAUUUCAGCUCCGUCUCUCAUAUGCCAUGAAGUAAUGGAUGAAGAUUAAGAGAAAUAUCGUGGCAAAUUAUUUAAAAUGCCAACAUCACCUUGGUAUUACCUGCAUGGCUACAAUUUCAGGUUAUGGAUUUGCCAGAAAGUUUUGUUGUAUUGGUUAUGUUGUUCCUGACCAAACAAAAAAUGUAUUAAAGCCACACAUUUUUGAAUAAAAUUUCUGUCAAAUUUCCCCUCAA